CUGUGAAUAGUUUGCAUGUAUUUUAUAGAUUCUGGAUUAAAAAUGAUUAUGAUUAUUAUUCUUUUGUUUUGCUCUAAUGUAAGGCGUAUAUUAUAUACUACAUUCUUGUUGAUAAUAAAUAGAUCCUCACUUAAUUCAUACAUAAACAUCUCUGACAAACACGUAACACAAUAUUUAAACUCUGAUCCAAAAUCUAAACAUUUCUCAUUUCAUUUAAUAUAUUCGUCUCGUCUAUUCCAAAUUGUUGCAAUUUAUCGACACAGCCUGGCACCGUCGCUCGUGCAUGCAUGGUGUAUACUUAAACUUCAAGUACCCAACAACAUAAUUUUAAAAGAAUUAUAAACUAUAUAAUAUGAAGAGAAUAUCUAAACGAAUCCACAAUGUACCCUAAUCCACGAGUGCCUAGUCUUACGUACAAAGAAGGUUCAUUGUGACCUGUUUUGAAUCAUUUAAAUCAUUAUUUUGAUAAUACCUCCAAAAUGAGCUGUUCCCCAGAUGUCCCACGUCCGUACAAAAACCCAAACUUAGGAACCUUCAUCGCACUUUCCCUCAGAUCCCUCUUACCCUCUAUAUAUAUCCUCAUUCUUACACACAUUCAAUACAUCUCUAAUCUUCGCUUAAAACUCUCAAAAUUAAAAGCCCUAAAAACCAAUCACAAAUUAGAUCAAAAACUACCUUUUCAAAUUCAUUUCUUUACAUUCUUAUAGCUAAGGAUCUCGAAUAGAUUUAGAUCUAUGGCUCAGAUCAACUUUGAGGGUUUGAGAGAGCUACAUGACUGCGUAAACUAUCUCCUCGAUCACUGUCCGAAAACAAGAGAAUCUCUGUCUCAGCAAGGACAAGAGAAAUGUACGGAACAAGUUUCAGAAGCUUCAUUGAGGAUGUUAGACAUCUGUAACGUAUCCAAAGAUGUGAUGACGCUCGUGAAACACAGCUUGCAAGAUCUACAACUGACUCUACGUGGCAGCGAAUCAUCUGAUGUCAACGAGAAGAUAGCUGCGUAUAAUCGGUAUAAGAACAAGCUCAAGAAGGAGACACUGAAAUGCUUAAACUGUUUGAAGAACAUGAAAGGAAGCGAAGGAAGAGUGGCCAUGCCAAUAGAACAGAACCUUCUGUUUGUAGCAGAGGUUUUGAAGGAAGUGAGAAGAGUAGUUGUGACGAUGGUUGAGUCUUUGUUCUCACUUGGUUGCAUUCCUUGGCUAGAGAAGAGAUCGAGCAAAGGGUCUUUGUCUUCGAUCUUUACCAUUCGGUCUUCUUAUUUGUUAGAUGAUGUAUGGGACGAGACCGCAGUGCAAAGCGCGACUACAAGGUUGGAGGCAGCGGAGAUUGCUGUAGAGGAGCUUGAGAUAGAGUUGGAGUCUAUUUUCCGGCGAUUGAUUCAGACGAGAGUUUCACUUCUUAAUAUUCUCACCAACUAGAUAAUAAUAAUAUAUGAUAUGUCCGGUUAGGUUUUGCUUCAAGCGGACAUGUUUAGUUAACAUUAAACAGAUUGAUUUGUAAACUUAUUUCAAGUUUGCAACAUCAUAUAUUAUUUUAUUUACCCGUUUCCUAAACUGGCUACUUGGUUACGGACUUGGAUUAAAGGCUUAAAUUGAAGCCACACACUUUUUGUCUUCACCAAAAGUAGAGUCUAAAUGAAUCUCGCAUUUUUCAUUGAUUAAUAGCAUUUUUUAUUUCAAAUAUGAUAAUAAUUGCCAUUUACAAAUUCAGUUUCAUUAGUAUUACUUUGUGUACUUAGAUCUAACAUUAAUUAAUUUCUAGCAUUUCUUUAAAACUCGUAAUCGUAUCAUUGGAGGCUGGAUCUAAAAACACGAAUCUCGCAAUGCAUUUUAUUUCAAAUUAAUUUGUAGACAGCAAAAUGACAACAUCAUCAUGAAGUGCAACACAAGCAGUAACUUAAAACAGAAGCAGCAAGUCUUACAAGGUUGUGUACAAAAACAAUUCACGUCUUCUUCACAGUUGUCUUUAUUUCGACAUAUGAAGCUGAAAAUUAAAAAA